CUCACUCCAGUUAUAAACUUUUACUGAACGAGAAGCGCGCGAGUCAGGCAGAGACUAAGCGGAAUCUCUCUUAAAACAGGAACAAAGGACUGCGGUAAAAGUGGGAACUGUACCAUGUUUAAGGGAGUGCUGAAGAAAGGGCGAGAGGGAGGAGGAAGAACUGGCAAAAGAGAUGCAGGAAGUCAAUCCCUCAGUCCCAGUUUCCAUAACAGAGUUCAGGAAGAGGGGUUUGCGGUUAUUCAGAAUCAUGGCAGUGGGCCGCUGCCAGUACAGCCGUACCCUGCAGAGGAGAUGCUGAGGCCGAGUUUGACCAGAGGAGUGUCCGUCUCCCUCCCUUCCUCCCCCCUGCUCCCUCCCCGCCAACCAUAUGUUUCGCCAGUCUGGUCCAACAAGUCACCAGGUUCAAUCAGGACACCCAAAUAUGUGGAGAAUCCUCAUGUUUCUGGAGAUUCUGUCACCUGUGCUCUGAAGAACAGGAAAAAGAACAAUACUGAGCUGCUCUCGCCGGCUGAGUCUGGCUCCUCCCCGGCUGUCCAGGAGCUCAUGACACGGUUGGGCUUCCUGCUGGGAGACACCAUCCCCACCUCAUCACAAACAAACAUGGAGGAGAAACAGUGUGGAAUGUCCAGUCAAGGCGUGAGUCCCUGCUCCACUCUGACCAGCAGUACGGCAUCUCCCAGCGCCGAGAGCCCCUGUUCCACCUUACCUGAGACCUCCUCCAACAGCAGGGCUCCUGUCAUCUGCUCCAGCACCUGCUCCACUGCCACUUCCACCAUAAUCACCACACCCAGCUCCACCCUGGAGAGCAAGGACAGCGGGAUCAUAGCAACAGUCACCAGUUCCAGCGAGAAUGAAGAGCGCUGUGGCUCUAGUCUGGAGUGGGCGAAAGAUGGCGGUGCAGGUGUAAGGGGCGAGAGCGGGCGUAGCACUCAUCCGCCCUGCACUCCCAUCACCCCAGAGGAGCCGGUGGUGUCUGGUGAAGCCCAGCUGAGGACAGGCACCACAGGAGGGGCAACACCCGUUGUGACAUCACCUGUGGAUGGACCAAUCACGUACCACAGCACUUCUUUGGUUAUGCCACGUCCAAAUUCUGUGGCAGCCACUAGCAGUACUAAACUGGAGGAGCUGCGGUAUCUGGAUGAACAGAGGAACGCUCCCCAGCGCUCCUCCAUGCGUUUACAGUGGCAUGGAGCUCAUACAGGGGGCCGCAAUCAAGAAACUAAAGCUCGUCUCACGCCCUACAAACCAGUGGACAUCAUGCUCAAACCCCUGCUGUUUGAGGUGCCCAGCGUCUCUAUGGAUGCAGUGUUUGUGGGUCGGGAUUGGCUGUUUCAGCGGCUGGAGGAGGUGCUUACGGGGGGAGGAAAUGCCGGUGAGGGUAAAGGGGCCGUCAUCAUAGGUAACGUCGGUUUCGGAAAGACAGCAGUGAUCUCACGGCUGGUGGCUCUCAGCUGUCAUGGUGGACGAAUGAGACAGAUUGCUUCCAACAGCCCUGAAGCUACACCCCAGAAUCGAGGAGCUGAUGCUCAUCAAACCAAUCAGCUGAACCCCCCCUCACAGAGUCCCCUCCACAGCAACAGCUGCCCCCCGACCCCAGACACACAACGGCACAGAGAGGGGGCAGUCAAACGCCUGGCUAGCAAGGUGGUGGCCUAUCACUAUUGUCAGGCUGAUAACACAUACACAUGCCUGGUCCCAGAGUUUGUGCACAGUGUGUCCGCAUUAUUGUGCAGAGCUCCUCGCCUCAAUGCUUAUCGAGAGCUCUUGCUCAGAGAGACACACCUGCAGAGCCUGCUCAGCUUGCGCUCCUGCGUCCAGGACCCUGCCGCUGCCUUCCGUAAGGGAGUCUUGGAGCCCCUCGCACUUCUACGCAAAGAGCGGAAGAUUCCAGAAGAAGAUUACAUCAUCCUAGUGGACGGUCUUAAUGAGGCAGAGUACCACAAACCAGACUAUGGAGAUACCAUAGCGACUUUCAUCACCAAAAUCAUCUCCAAAUUUCCUAUUUGGCUUAAACUGAUUGUGACCAUCAGGGUCAACGUAGUGGAAGUCACCAGUCUCUUCCCCUUUCCCAUCAUCUUUCUGGAUGAUUUCCAUGACAACAAGGAUAUAACCUCUGACCUCACCUCCUACAUCCAGCACCGUAUAGACCACAGCCCUGAUAUCCUCAGCAACAUUGCCAUCAAUGGCAAAGCCGACCCAGCAAUCAUCUCUAAACUCAGUACCCACCUGGUCGCCCGCAGCCAAGGCUCAUAUCUUUAUAACUGGAUGAUGGUCUUCAUUAUGAUGGUGAUUUUUGAUGAAUUGUUUUUAAUGUUGGUAAACAGAAGUGGCCACGCUCUGAUGGCCUUCUUGCUUUCACGUCAAGAGGGAAAACUCAACCGCCAGCAAACUAUGGAGCUGGGCCACCACAUUCUUAAAGCUCACAUAUUCAAGGGUCACAGUAAGAGAACUGGGGUUUCAUCAAGUAUUCUGCAACCCUUGUGGAUCAGCUACAGUACAGACAGCCUCUCUGCAGCUCUUUCCUCCCUCAGAAACCUCUACACACCCAACGUCAAGGUGUCUCGGUUGCUGAUUCUGGGAGGGGCGAGUGUGUGUUACCGUACUGAGGUGUUGAACAGUGCACCAGUGCUGUGUGUGCAGUCUCACCUGGGCCACCUGGAGAUGGCUGCUUUGCUCCUGGAGUGUGGGGCACCAGUGGAUGGGCAGUCAGAGAACGGCAUGACCUCUCUCUGUUACGCCUCAGCUGCUGGACAUCUGCCACUUGUCACCUUACUUUGCAAAAAAGGGGCAAAGGUGGAUCAUGCUGAUAAGAGCGGUCAGUGUGCACUGGUUCACGCUGCUCUGCGGGGUCAUGCUGAGAUUGUGCAGUAUCUUCAGGAACAGGAGUGGAGUUCAGACCUAAAAAACAAGGCACUGCAGCAGGCACUGAUCGCUGCCUCCAGCAUGGGACACACACAGGUGGUAAAAAGGAUGCUCGCAUUGAACAAUGAUGAAUUUUCGGUGCAGAUUGACGGUCAUGAUACUUUGUGGGGUGAAACAGCUCUAACUGCUGCUGCUGGCCGGGGCAAACUAGAGGGGUGUGUGUUCCUGCUGGAUCAAGGUGCCAGUGUAACACAGCCUAACCGCAGAGGGAUAGCACCCAUCUUUAAUGCAGUGCGACAUGGACACACACAGAUAGCAGAGUUGUUUCUACAGCGUGGUGCAGAUGUGAAUGGCAGUGAUAAACAUGGUCGCUCUCUACUGAUGGUGGCUGCAAGUGAGGGACACCUGGAGACUGUGGACUUCUUGCUCUCACAGGGAGCAUGUAUAACAGCAGUGGAUAAAGAAGGUCUGACCCCGCUCGGGUGGGCAUGUUUAAAAGGGCAGAAGAAAGUGGUUGAGUUUCUGGUGGAGAGGGGAGCUCAGAUUGACCACACAGAUAAGCACGGGCGCACCCCGCUGGACCUGGCUGCUUUCUACGGAGACGCGGACAUAGUGCAUUACCUGGUUGAGUGUGGAGCGGCGAUUGAACACAUGGACUACAGCGGCAUGAGACCUCUUGACCGGGCCAUCGGUAGCAGAAACACCUCAGUUGUGGUCACUCUGCUGAAGAAAGGGGCUAAACUGGGCUACAGAACAUCUCCUUAUGAACGAUCAGGUAAUGCUGCCUGGGCCAUGGCCACCUCCAAACCCGACAUCCUCAUCAUACUUCUGCAGAGGCUCAUGGAGGAGGGAAACCUGCUUUAUAAGAAAGGGAAGAUGAAGGAAGCCGCUCAGAGGUAUCAGUAUGCACUGAGGAAGUUUCCGAGGGAAGGUUUUGGGGAAGACCUGAAGGCAUUCAGGGAGCUCCGGGUUUCCCUGUAUCUCAACCUGUCCCGCUGCCGCCGCAAAACCAAUGAUUUUGGCAUGGCUGAAGAGUUUGCCACCAAGGCUCUCGAGCUCAAGCCUAAGUCCUAUGAGGCAUUUUAUGCACGUGCUAGAGCCAAAAGGAGCAGCAGGUAA